CUUCAUCAUUUUCUUCUAACAACAAAAACCCUAUAACCGACUCAACGCAACCAAAAAAAACGCCAUAACCAAAUUCAUACACAAAAAUCUCAAACAUGUCAGGAGUUGGACCUCUUUCACAAGACUGGGAACCCGUCGUUCUCCGCAAAAAAGCUCCCACCGCCGCUGCCAGAAAAGAUGACAAAGCCGUCAACGCCGCUCGCCGUGCCGGAGCCGAUAUCGAAACCAUGAAGAAACAUAAUGCUGCGACAAACAAAGCUGCCUCUAGCAGCACUUCAUUGAACACUAAGAGGCUGGAUGAAGAUACAGAGAAUUUAGCUCAUGAUCGGGUCCCAACUGAACUCAAGAAAGCUAUAAUGCAAGCCCGGACAGACAAGAAACUUACUCAGGCGCAACUUGCUCAAAUUAUCAAUGAGAAGCCUCAAGUGAUCCAGGAGUAUGAGUCAGGGAAAGCCAUUCCAAAUCAGCAGAUAAUCGGCAAGUUGGAGAGAGCUCUCGGUGCCAAACUGCGUGGGAAGAAAUGAGGAAGCUAAUCUGAUGGCUGUGUAUGUAGUUGGAUCUAUUUUACACUGUUGAAUCUAAUCUGACGGCUGUUAUGUAGUUGGAUUUAUAUAUUUCACUGUCCUGGGUUGGUUGCUUUUGCAUGUAUGCCUGAAACUUUAACCUGUUUAAACUUAAUGAUGGAGUUUGGUAAAUAAAGUUGUAUGGUCAGCAUAAACUUACUUUUGAUAUGCAAAAUAGUGUUCAUAAAUAAAUAAGUAAAUGUUUGUGUCGGUA